AUGUGGUGGAGGGCGGUGAGGGCCCGCCGGUGGGUCGCCGGGGCGCGGCCCGCGUCCACCGCGGCGGCGGGGGCGGAGAAGAGCUGCCGCGCCGUGGUGGUGCCGCGUUUCGGUGGGCCGGAGGUGCUGGAGGUCAGGCAGGGCGUGCCCGUGCCCGAUCUGAAGCCGCGGGAGGUGCUCGUACGCGCACGUGCUGUCUCUAUCAAUCCCCUGGACCUGCGAAUGCGAUCAGGCUAUGGGCGCUCCAUAUUCGAGCCACUCCUACCCCUGAUCAUUGGUCGGGAUAUUAGCGGUGAAGUUGCAGCCACAGGCACUUCGGCAUCGUCAUUUUCUACUGGUCAAGAAGUGUUCGGUUCGUUGCAUCCAACUGCUCUCAGAGGGACAUAUGCUGACUAUGCUAUCCUGUCACUGGACGAGCUUACUCUCAAACCAUCUACACUCAGUCAUGUGGAGGCUAGUGCAAUCCCGUUUGCUGCUUUGACUGCAUGGCGUGCUUUACAUGGUACGGCUCGAAUUUCUGAAGGACAAAGAGUUCUUGUGAUUGGUGGAGGAGGAGCGGUUGGGUUAGCUGCUGUUCAACUUGCGGUGGCUGCUGGGUGUGGGGUUUCUGCUACCUGUGGAACCCAAAGUAUUGAGCGAGUUACAGGAGCUGGUGCUGAACAAGCUAUUGAUUACACUGCUGAGGAUACUGAAGCAGCAGUUAAAGGAAAGUUUGAUGCCGUUUUAGACACCAUAGGAGUACCUGAGACUGAAAGAAUUGGCAUCAGUGUUCUUAGGAGAGGUGGACACUAUAUGACCCUUCAGGGAGAAGCAGCUGCACUAGCAGAUAGGUAUGGAUUGGCUGUAGGGCUUCCUGCUGCUACUGCUGCUUUACUAAAGAAACAGAUGCAGUAUCGCUAUUCUCAUGGAAUAGAGUAUUGGUGGACAUACAUGAGAGCUGAUGCCGAAGGGCUUCAUGAGAUCCAAAGGCUAUCUGGAGCUGGGAAAUUACAGAUACCUGUGGAGAAGACCUUUCCCAUCAGCCAUGUAAGAGAAGCUCAUGCGGCCAAGGAGAAAAAGUUGGUUCCUGGCAAGGUGGUUCUAGAAUUCGAUUAA